AUGAAGUCAUCUGAUCCUUUUCCCAGGUGUGGGGCUAAUGAUGAUUUCCAUAUGAAUAUGAUUCGAGGAUUGUGUUUGGGAGAUAGGAAGUCAUGGCCAUGGUAUGGUCCUGAUCCAGAUUGGGAUAAGGAAUAUAUGAAAGCAGGAGGUGAAAAUUGGUUGCAGAUAGCCCCUCAUUGGUUUCCUUGUAGUGUAACAGGAAAGGUUUUAAUGGGAGCUAAGAAACACCUGGCUAAGAGAACGGGAACUGUUGACAGUAAUACUAUCCGCUUUCCUAUAGAAGCCCCUCCUGAGAAUCUAUAUCCACCACCAAUUGUGCCCCCUACCCAGUCAGCCCCUGGCCAUGCCCAACCACAACCCCCACCUCCCUAUAAAGCAAUGUAUCCUGCUGUACCUAAUGCCCCCUCAGAGGAUGAUAUAGAAGAUAUUUCUAUUGCUGCAGCUGUUAAUUCACAAUCACAGCAAUUACAGGAAUCCUCAUCUACACCAGAUUCUGAUAUAGAAUACCCACCGCCACCUCCCGGUACAAUUAAAUUAACAGUACAAACAGGAGUUAAACUUAAAAGUGCCAAGUUGUUAAAAUCAUAUGUACAUAAGCAAGGUGAUGAUGAUGUAGAGAUGCCAGAAUUAGAAGGUGCUGAUCUUACUGCCCCGUUUAUGACUGUUGGUAAUCAGUUAAUAAUGAAACCUAUUAAUCCCGAAAUACUCAAGGACAUUAUUCAAGGUGCCCCAAACCCUCGUACUAAUCCCUCUGCAUACCUAAUGUAUCUGAAAAGAAUGUGUUUAGGACAGAACAUGACACAGAUAGACAUACAGUUAAUUAUAAAUGGAAUAUUAGGGUAUGACUCAGAUUCUGGUUGGGAUUGGUCUAAUGUACCCUCUAUCAGUGAGACAGACAACGGUACUGGAGUUGGAGUGGCUGGCAGUGAUGGUGUUUAUGAGCUUAGUACUUCAGCAGGAUGUGCUAAAAUGUCGGAUGAGGUGGAAGCUGAAAUGUUGAGAUUAUGGAAGAAUAAGCAGUCUAUAUCCACUGCUUUGGCAUGUAAGCAAGGUGCAAAGGAAGAGAUUG